AUGGGCUCCCAAGGAGCGGUGGUUGCGGCUAACAGCGGCUGCGGUGACAGGAUCGACGGAAUGGAUACCGAGGGAUACGAUGUGGUUUUGCCUACUCUGCCAUCAGGUCGUAGUGUUUUGAAUACGUUAUUUUUGCACGCGGAUGUCCGGUCGAGGCCUUACCGAGUCGAACAUUUCCGGGACACGUUGGCGCGUCUUGGUUUGCUCCCCGAAGUGGUAGCCUUGGGGGCAUAUCAGAUGAGCCACGUAUGGGCUGUGACUUUCAAGAGCACGGAAGGGAUAAAGAAGGCUUUGGCAUGCGGCGAAAUAAAGGUGAACGGCCAACGUUGUUUGGUUAUUGAUCCGGCAAACCAGGACGUGCGUCUGAAGCUUCACUGGCUUCUUUUCAAUGUGGCUGACGAUGAUGUGCGUGUAGCGCUUGCCCCGUUCGGAAAGGUGACCGAGGUCUCGAAGGAAAAGUGGAGAGUUCAAGGGGUCCAAGACAAGGGAUCGACGACACGCCUCGUCCACCUCAAGCUCCAUAACGGCAUUAAGGUUGAUGACCUUCCACACCAGCUUCGCGUAGCCGGUGACAUGGCCCUUCUAGUCGCGCCCGGAAGAGCGCCACUGUGUUUGCGGUGUCACAGUAAGGGCCAUAUCAGACGAGAAUGCCGAGUUCCUCGCUGCACGCACUGCCGUCGUGUUGGACACGAAGAAUCUCAGUGCGUGAAGACGUACGCAAGUGUUGCGGGGCCGGCUGGUGGAGAAGACACUGCGGAACUCGUCAUGGACGAAGCUGACGCUGAAGAAGCCGCAAGCGAAGCAACGUAGAAGCUCGAGGAACUUGAUGAGGCAACGAUAACCCCGCCCGUCAUGCCUCAGGACGCGAGCGUUAACAAGGAAAGCCGAAA